AUGGAGUCGAAAUACAUAACGCUUUCCUUCUUUAUCAUCUUUCUACAUUUCAUAACUUUCUCAAACUCAAAGUCAAUCGUUAAGGAUCUCCCAGGAUUUGAUGGUCAUCUUCCUUUCACUCUCGAAACUGGAUAUGUUGGGGUGGGAGAAGAUGAUGCGGUCCAAGUUUUCUACUACUUUGUUGAAUCUGAAAGAAACCCGACCGAAGACCCUCUUCUUCUUUAUCUCACCGGUGGCCCCGGCACUUCUGGACUUUAUCCAUUCCUCUAUCAAAUUGGUCCAUUAAGUUUCAAUUUUGAAAGUUCAUGGAAGAAUAACAUUACAUUGGAGUUGAAUCCAAAUUCAUGGUCAAAGGCUGUUAAUGUGAUAUUCGUAGAUCUACCUGUUGGUGUCGGGUUUUCGUAUGCUAAAACAUGGGAAGCAUCAAGGAGUAGUGAUUCCAUUGUAACUUUACACAGUUACAAAUUUCUAAGAAAGUGGCUUAUUGAGAACCCCAGGUUUUUGAGUAAUCCACUGUACAUAUCUGGGAUUUCAUACAUGGGUAUCAUCGUACCAAAUGUAGCUUUGGAGAUAUACAAUGACAAUGAGCGUGGAAGUCAACCACAACUCAACAUCAAAGGAUGCCUGCUUGUUAGCCCUCUCACUGACAAGUUCAUUGAUUUCAAUUCAAGAAUUGAGGCAGCUCAUCGUCUUGCACUUAUAUCAGAUGAUAUCUAUCAGGCUACAAAAGAAACUUGUCAUGGGAACUAUAUAGACAAUGAUCCUGAAAACACCUUAUGUUCGAGUAAUCUUGAACACGUCGAUGAGUGCACAAACGGGAUUAACUUCUCGAAUAUAUUGGAUCCACUAUGUGAUGAAACAAAUAUGAAGCCAACUUGUCGAGAAGCUGCUAACAUAUUUAUAGACGCUUGGGCAAACAAUAAAGACGUUCAGGAAGCUCUCAACGUUCGUGAGGGAAUAAUCGAAAAGUGGGAAUUCACAAACACAAGUAUCCGUUACAAUUUAGAUAAAGAAGACACUAUAUAUUACUCCUACGACGUCUUCAGCAGCAUCGCAGACCAUCAACAACUUCUUACCAAGAGCUGUCAAGUUUUGAUCAUUUGCGGUGACCAUGACAUGACAUUUCCAUGCGUUGGCCAAGAGAAAUGGAUUUCAAGUCUUAAUCUUUCGAUUGAAAGCCCAUGGGAACCAUGGUUUGUUAGUAAGCAAGUUGCAGGAUAUCAAAUGACAUAUGCUCAAAGUCAAUACUCGUUAAAAUUUGCAACUAUUAAGGGUGCGGGUCAUUCAGUGGCAUUGUACAAGCCUAAAGAAGCUUUUGCCAUGAUGGAUAGGUGGCUUGCUUCUCAUACUUAUUCAAGUGGCUCGUAACUGCAAUAUUAGAGUUGGCUUUUGUUUUCAUUGAUGCAACAAGAGUGUUUCGUCCAUUUUGUUUCAUAAUACCCCUUAGAGUGUCUUCACUAUUAAACUUAUAUUCAUUAAACCCAUUUGUUCCGCGCAUAGAACUAAUAACCAAGUGAUCAACUUUUUAGGUCAUUUGCUAUCACUACUAGAAAUGUUGCCAAUAACAACUAUCGAAAUCCAUUGUUAAAUACU